AUGGAACCGCCGUCAACGACGAACCUGACGGGCAAGCGUACGAGCUCGAGCCGAGACGCCGACGGCCUCGGCUCGCAUUUCCCGCACGACGACUUCCUGAACCCGCCCAAGAGGAGAACCAUGGACGUGGCCGCCGACUACCCUCGCCGCCGAGUCAUCAUUGCCGUACGCCUCCUGCCCGAUUCCGCCGCCGCCGCCGUCGCCGCCGCCGUCGCCCGUGUCCCCGUUGCCUCCCCCCUCGCACCCUCCGCCUCCCUCUGCGAAGUCUGCCGGGCGAGAAAGUCCCGCUGCGAUGGCGCCAAGCCCAAGUGCAGGCUCUGCGCGGAGCUGGGCGCGGAUUGCGUCUACCGCGAGCCGGGCGUCAAGCUGGACGCCGGCGACAAGCUCAUCCUCGACCAGCUCAGCCGCAUAGAGAGCCUUCUCCACAUGAGCAUGGCCAGCGGUGUCAACAACGGCCUGAGCGCCGUCCGGCACUCGCCGUCCGGCAGCGGCGGCACCCCCCUCGGUGGGGACAAUCCCUUGGCGAACCUCGUCGCCGUGCCCGGCGGCGGCCUCGGCACCUGGCCAGCCGGCCCGGCGGCCACCAACAUCUCCACCAUGCCCAAGUCGCACACCAACGCGACCUUGCACCUCCUCCAGUGGCCUCUGAUCCGAGACCUCGUCUCCCGACCCUACGACCCUCAGGUCCUCCUCCAGCUGGAGAUGGCCCGCGAGCCGCUGCACUCGUUGACCAAAACGCCCUGCGUCGACUUGUCCAACACGCAGGCCUACAUCAAGGCCUACUUUGAGAGGGUCAACGUCUGGUACGCCUGCGUCAACCCGUACGCCUGGAGGAGCCAGUACCGCACCGCCCUCUCCAACGGCUUCCGCGAGGGCCCCGAGAGCUGCAUCGUCCUCCUCGUCCUCGCCCUCGGCCAAGCGAGUCUGCGGGGCAGCAUCUCGCGAAUCGUGCCCCACCAAGAUCCUCCGGGACUGCAGUACUUCACCGCCGCCUGGUCCCUCCUCCCGGGCAUGAUGACGGCGAACAGCGUGUUGGCGGCCCAGUGCCACCUGCUCGCCGCCGCCUACCUCUUCUACCUCGUCCGGCCGCUCGAGGCCUGGAACCUGCUGUCCACGACCGGCACGAAGCUGCAGCUGCUCCUCAUGGCGCCCAACCGGAUCUCGCCGCGGGAGCGGGAGCUCGUCGAGAGGAUAUACUGGAACGCACUCCUCUUUGAGAGCGACCUGCUGGCCGAGCUCGACCUGCCGCACUCGGCCGUCGUCCAGUUCGAGGAGGAGGUCGGCUUGCCCGGAGGCUUCGAGGGCGAAGAGCGGGAUCGCGUCGGCCGCGACGAGCUUUGGUAUUUCCUCGCCGACAUCGCCCUGCGCCGGCUGCUGAACCGAGUCAGCCAGCUCAUCUACUCAAAGGACUGCAUCGCGUCGUCGACGAGUCUGGAGCCCGUCGUCGCCGAGCUUGAUUACCAGCUCACGCAGUGGUACGAGAGCCUUCCGCUUUCGUUGCAGUUUCCCUUUACCCGGGCUGUGCUCCAGGACCCCGUCCAGACAGUUCUCCGCCUGCGAUUUUAUGCGUGCCGCACCGUCAUCUAUCGACCCUACGUCCUCGCCGUGUUGGAGAACGAACAGGCCGUGCUGGAUCCAUCCGUUCGCGAAUGCUGCCACAAGUGCCUCGAGGCGUGCAUUCGCCAGCUGGAGCAUGUUUCGGAGCACCAUGCAGGCCACAUGCCCUACAUCUGGCAAGGCACCCUGUCUUUGGUGUCCCAAACACUCAUCAUCAUGGGCGCUUCCCUAUCGCCUUCCCUUUUGGCCAUUCUCCUCACCCUGGUUCCGCACCGCGAUGCCCUGGACGAAAUUAUCUGCGAGGGUGUCGCAGAGGUCCAGCUGUAUUCCGCCUUGGCGCCCAGCCUGAGUCUUGCGGCGGAAAUUGUCAAGGAGGCUGAGCUGAGAAGACGGGCGAUGCUGACAACAUGA